AGCCAAUCGAAAAGGGUUCCUCCUUCCCUCAUUUUCAAAAGGAGAAAGAUAAAAGUGUAGAGAGAGAAACAUAGGAGAAAGAGAAGAGAUAAAGUCUAGAGAGAGAAAGAUAGGAGAAAGAGAAGAGAGUGAAAGAGAGAAGGAGAAGAAGUUUGAGUUUAUUGGUUAUUUUUUACCUGGUUUAUAACGUCUUCUUUCUCACUCACCAACAAGUUCAAUGGCAAGAGUCAGUGUUCUUAUCAUUUGCACUCUGGCGUUGCUUGCCUACACAGCCUCAUGCAGCAUCGUUGAGCAUACGUUCAAGGUGGGCAACCUAUCAGUGAGUCCCCUGUGCAAAAAGCGAGUUGUAGUGGCUGUGAAUGACCGAUUCCCCGGACCAACCAUCCGUGUUCGCGAAGGUGACACGCUCAUCGUUCACGUAAUCAACGACUCACCCUACAACAUCACAAUUCACUGGCAUGGUGUAUUUCAACGUGGGACGCCAUGGUACGAUGGGCCAAGCUACGUGACUCAAUGCCCUAUCAAACCCGGAGCUUCUUUCACUUACAAAUUUGCGCUUGUGGAUCAAGAGGGCACUUUGUGGUGGCACGCACACGUCUCUUGGCUUAGAGCCACGGUCUAUGGGGCCCUCAUUAUACGCCCAAGAAUAGGCCAAUCCGGUUACCCCUUCCCCAAGCCUGACAAAGAAAUCCCCCUCAUGUUAGGUGAAUGGUGGAACGCCAAUGUGGUGGAUUUAGAGGGAAAUUUUAUUCGCACAGGCAGCGCCAACAUAUCUGACGCAUUCACCAUAAAUGGGAGGCCUGGAGAUCUCUACCCAUGCUCUAGUGGUACAUACAAGCUCAAUGUAGAUCCAGGAAAGAAAUACCUCCUAAGGAUCAUCAAUGCUGCACUCAAUAACCAGCUCUUCUUUAAAAUUGCUAACCACAACCUCCUGGUGGUCGGCGUAGAUGCCUCGUACACCAAUCCUUACAAAACCGAUGUCGUAGUCGUUGCCCCCGGCCAAACAGUCGACGCCCUCUUAGUAGCAAACCAGCCUCCAGCAAGCUACUACAUGGCUGCCAGGGCAUACAUAAGUGCGCCAAACACCACUUUCGAUAGCACGACCGCAACCGGAAUAUUGGUGUACAAAACCCCUAACACUACAAAAGCUUCACCAAUUAUGCCUAGUCUCCCCGCUUUCAAUGAUACACCAACUGCCCAUAAGUACUACACUGACAUCACUGGCUUAGUGAGUAGACCUAAGUAUAUGGUUCCUCUUAAUGUGGAUGUGAAGAUGUUUAUAACAGUUGGAUUAGGAUUGUCUCCAUGUGCUCAAUGCGCUAGGGGAUCUGGCGUUGCUGGUAGCAUGAACAAUGAGUCAUUUGUGAUACCAAAUAAGACAUCUAUGCUAGAGGCUCAAUUCUAUGGUACAAGUGGGAUUUUCACUAAGGAUUUCCCUGAUAGACCACCCCUUGUGUUUGAUUACACAAACUCUAGUUUGCCAACAGUUCCAUUUUGGUUUCCAAAUAAGAGUACAAGAACAAGGAGUGUGGCCUAUAAUAGCACAGUGGAGAUGGUGUUCCAGAACACUGCCAUUGUAGCUGUGGAGAACCAUCCUAUACAUUUGCAUGGGUUUGAUUUCUAUGUGUUGGCUCAAGGAUUUGGAAACUUCAAUGAGACACUAGACAGGGGGAAGUUCAACUUGGUUAACCCUCAAAUGCGUAAUACGAUUGCAGUUCCGGUUGGUGGUUGGGCAGUGGUUCGAUUCGUCGCGAACAAUCCUGGUGUGUGGUUGCUGCAUUGCCAUCUUGAUGUGCACUUGCCAACUGGUCUGGCUACUGCCUUUGUGGUGGAAAAUGGACCAACCCCUUCAUCUAAGCUCCCCCCUCCCCCAGCUGAUCUGCCCAAGUGCUAAGCUCUUCAGCUAAAUAAAUUCAUAUUCAAAGUUUACUGCUUUCAUCUCAAUUAUUGAAGGACUAUUAAAACUCUAUACUUUAAGGGUGCUAGGAAAAUAAUACUGCAAAAGACGGAUGGAACCUGAAGCCUCAGAAUAUCCCAUAUAUCCCUCUCACCAUGUAUUUGUCGAAGUCAAGUGUUUUUUUUGUUUUCUGCCCAUUGAAUAAACUGUAAACUAGGAUAGUUAUUGUUUCUUGUGGAUUCAAAAUUCUU